AUGGACCCAAAGAGAACAAUAGAUGAUAAAUUUUCUAAGUUGCAUCCAAGUUUUCCAGUAGAUACUAGAAUUGGCAUCGUGGGAGCAGGACCAAGUGGCUUAUCAGCAGCCUAUGCACUAGCUAAGCUAGGGUACCUCAAUGUAACUUUGUUUGAGAAAUGUCAUACUGUUUCAGGGAUGUGCGAGUCCAUUGACAUCGAAGGACGAACAUAUGAUUUAGGAGGACAAGUUAUAGCGGCAAACAGUGCCCCUGUUAUAACUCACCUAGCAAAGGAACUAGGGUCUGAUUUCGAAGAGAUGGAUACACACAAACUUGCCCUGAUUGACAGCCAAACAGGAAAUAUUCGAGAUCUUGAAGUAGCCGAGGACUAUGUGUCCAUGGUAUCUCUGACGCUAAAACUACAAGAGGAGGCAAAUAAGUCAGGCCGAGCUGGACUUCAUGCUCUCAGUGGAUUGGCAUCUGAACCAACUCUUGAGUUUCUGAAGCAAAAUGGAAUAAAUUCAAUGCCAAAAUCUGUAGCAUAUGGUUACACCGCUUCUGGCUAUGGUUUUGUUCAAGACAUGCCCUAUGCUUUCAUUCAGGAGUUUACUAGAACCUCAAUGGCUGGUAAAAUCCGACGUUUCAAGCAUGGUUACAUGAGCAUGUGGGAGAAACUAAGUCAGUCAUUGCCAUUUGAAGUUUUUUGUGACACAGAAGUUCUAAAUGUCAAGCGCAACAGUUGUGGUGCAAAUGUAACUGUAAAGAACAACGAUGGUGAAAAGCAAGUUAUGGAGUUCGACAAAAUUAUACUAUCAGGUGCUCUUCCUUUCAAGAACGGCAAAACAUAUCGAUCCUCUAGUCUCACUGAUGGAGAAAGUGAAGUGGUGGAGCUACACAAUCUCGAAAGAGAACUAUUUAGUAAAGUACAGACUAUCGAUUACUAUACUACUGUUGUUAAAAUCAAUGGAUUCGAGAACAUACCAAAGGGAUUUUAUUACUUUGGAGAAUUUAUGGAGGAUCCAACAACAAUAGGACACCCAGUGGCGAUGCAAAGAUUCUACGCUGACACAAACAUUUUCUUGUUUUGGUCUUAUGGAAAUUCAGCAGACAUCAAGGGUUCAUUUGUGGCUAAAUGUGUGACUAAUGUCGUGAGUUCUAUGGGAGGCAGUGUUCAAAAUGUAAUUUUGCAGCGGCGGUUCAAGUAUUUCCCUCAUGUCAGCAGUAAAGACAUGAAAGAUGGAUUCUAUGAGAGGUUGGAGUCUGAGUUACAAGGUUGUCAGAACACUUAUUAUGUGGGAGGUCUGCUAGCAUUUGAGCUUACUGAAAGAAAUGCUUCAUAUUCCAUCACGACUGUUUGUAAGCACUUUGCAAUUGAUGGUGAACAAAAAAUGAGUCCUUAUGUUAAGAGAUUAUUCCCUCUGUCUAGCAAUCCAUCUUCUCCUAGAGAUCUUGGUGAGCUUGAAGGUGUUGAAUUUCCUGACCUUCCCUCCCUUGAUGGAUAUUUGCAAUACUGGGGAACUCAUAAAGUCACUGAGAAGAAUGUUAUUUACACUUGGAUCAAUGAAGAAGGGAAGAUCAUGAAUAGAAGAACAUACAAGGAGCUUCAUGGGAAUGCAUCUCACAUUGCACAAAAUCUUUUAACAAGCACAAAACCGGUUAUCAAGCCUGGUGAUAGAGUUCUGCUCAUUCACCUUCCUGGUUUGGAGUUUAUUGAUGCAUUCUUUGGAUGUAUUAGAGCAGGAGUUAUACCAGUCCCCGUUUUGCCCCCCGAUCCAAUGCAAAGUGGUGGACAGGCUCUUCUCAAAGUUGAGAACAUCUCUAAGAUGUGUAAUGCUGUGGCUAUUCUAUCCACCACUUCGUACCAUGCUGCUGUACGAGCAGGUUAUAUCAAGAGCCUUGUCACUCUAGCAAAGAGAACUCAGAAAUGCUCAGCACAAUGGCCUGACAUCCCAUGGAUUCAUACUGACUCAUGGAUAAAGAACUACCAGCGAAGCCUAGACAGCUUCAACUCCGACAACAUUGUAUUUACUAAACCCCAGCCAAGUGACCUGUGCUUUCUACAGUUCACUUCAGGCUCCACUGGCGAUGCCAAGGGUGUGAUGAUAACUCAUGGAGGACUUAUCCACAACGUGAAGAUGAUGAAGAAGCGUUAUAGAAGUACUUCAAAAACUGUCCUUGUUAGUUGGCUUCCACAGUACCAUGACAUGGGUCUUAUAGGAGGUCUUUUCACUGCUCUUGUAAGUGGAGGAACUUCCAUUCUAUUUUCACCAAUGACAUUUAUCAGAAACCCCCUUCUGUGGUUGCAAACAAUCAAUGACUACCAUGGAACCCAUAGCGCAGGUCCAAAUUUUUCAUUUGAACUCGUGAUAAGAAGGCUUGAGGUUGAGAAGAACAAAGUCUAUGACCUCUCUUCAAUGGUCUUCCUCAUGAUUGCGGCAGAGCCAGUAAGGCAAAAAACUAUCAGAAGGUUCAUAGAGUUAACUCAACCUUUUGGCCUUUCUGAAGGUGUACUCGCACCUGGAUAUGGUUUGGCUGAGAACUGUGUCUAUGUUACUUGUGCCUUCGGUGAAUGCAAGCCAGUUUACAUAGACUGGCAAGGAAGAGUUUGUUGUGGGUAUGUUGAGCAAAAUGAUGCAGAUACUCUUAUCAGAAUUGUUGAUCCUGACUCUCUAACUGUACACCAAGAUGGUGUUGAAGGUGAGAUAUGGAUUAGCAGUCCUAGUUCUGGAGUAGGUUAUUGGGGCAAUUCAGAAAUGAGCCAGAAGACAUUUUGCAAUCAACUUAAGAAUCACCCCAACAAGAAAUUUACAAGAACAGGUGAUUUGGGGCGGAUCAUCGACGGUAAGCUUUUUAUUACAGGAAGGAUCAAAGAUCUUAUCAUCGUUGCUGGUAGAAAUAUUUAUUCUGCAGAUGUAGAGAAGACUGUGGAAAGUUCUUCCGAGGCACUCCGACCAGGUUGUUGUGCUGUGGUUGGUAUCCCAGAGGAAGUUCUAGCUCAAAAAGGCAUCUCAAUUCCUGAUUCUUCUGAUCAGGUUGGACUUGUCGUGAUUGCAGAGGUUAGGGAGGGUAAGGCAGCCUCUGAAGAGGUUGUUAACAACAUCAAAGCACGUGUGGUGGAGGAGCAUGGUGUAGCUGUUGCAUCUGUGAAGCUUAUUAAGCCUAGAACCAUAUGCAAGACAACAUCUGGGAAGAUACGGAGAUUUGAAUGCAUGAGGCAGUUUGUUGACAACACUCUUAGUUUGGCUAAUGUCAAUAAUAUAUCAAAGAGAAAAGGUCUUUUUCGUUCACUCACAACAGGAACUGGCAUGGAGGUAAGGAGGCCUUCCUUAAGGCAAACUGCUGACCUCACCAUUAGCCCUCGGCCCAAAACCCAAGUUAAAAAAUCCAGUGAAAUAACUGAGUUUCUGACACUAAUAGUGUCGGAGCAAACAGGUAUUCCAAAGGAUAAAAUUUCUCCAACUGACAGUCUACCUUCAUAUGGUUUUGAUUCAAUUGCAGUGGUACGAGCAGCCCAGAAGCUCUCAGAUUUUCUUGGUGUUCCUGUUGGGGCCAUUGACAUCUUUACAGCAAGCUGCAUUUCUGAUCUUUCAAACUUCUUGGAAAAUUUGGUGCACAAGUCACAACCACAGUUAGCACCUUGGCCCAAAAGCAAUGUGAAAAACUCUAGGGAGAUUAUCGAGUUUCUAACAUAUAUAGUGUCAGAUCAUACAGGGAUUCCAAAAGAUAAAAUUUCUCCGACGGAUAGCCUACCUUCAUAUGGUUUUGAUUCAAUUGCGGUGGUCCAAGCAGCACAGAAACUUUCUGAUUUUCUCGAUGUACCUGUUGGAGCCAUUGACAUAUUUACGGCCAGUUGCAUUUCUGAGCUAGCUGCCUUCUUGGAGAAUUUGGCGCAUAAGUCACAAUCACAUACGCAGUUGGCACCCGACGCCUCUUGCUUUAUUGAGGAUGAGACUCAAGUGGUUCCCAUGGAUGCCAUCAGUCCAGAAUUCAGUAUUUUGGCUACUGGUGUCCUGCAGCUGCUGGCUCUUACUUAUGUUUGUUUUAUGCUACUACUCCCAGCAUAUCUUGCUAGCUCGGCAUAUAUUAGCAUUUUCUCUACAGUCAAAUCACCAUUGCUGAGCUAUCUGAGUUCUUUGGUCAUGGCACCUAUUGCGUGGAUUUUUUACAUCUCGCUCACUUCUUUAUCAUUGUCUAUAUUGGGGAAGUCCUUUCUUCAGCCAAAUUAUGUUUUGAUCCCUGAUGUUUCAAUAUGGUCGGUUGACUUUGUGAAAUGGUGGGCACUAAACAAGGCGCAAGCAUUAGCGGCAAAGGUGCUAGCUGUGCAUCUAAAGGGCACAAUUUUCUUAAAUUAUUGGUUCAAGAUGCAAGGAGCUCGGAUUGGCUCAUCUGUUGUCAUUGACACAGUAGACAUAACCGAUCCAUCCUUGUUAACGGUUGCAGAUGGUGCAGUUCUUGCAGAAGGCGUUCUUGUUCAGGGCCAUGAAGUCUGUAGUGAAGUGUUGAGUUUCAGGCAUAUCAAGAUUGGUCGUGAGGCUUCAAUUGGUCCUUAUGCGGUGCUUCAGAAAGGCACUAUUGUGGAAGAUGGGCUUGUUGUUCCACCAUUGCAGAAGACCGAGUCUGGGAAAUCAACACAUCGAACUAUUAGAACUUCUGUAAGCUUAAAGGAAAAAACAACCAAAGGAAACAUGAUGCUCGAACACCUCGCUAGCAUCUACGCAGUUGGCAUCCUGGGUGCUCUGUCGAGCGCAAUCGUCUACACGCUGUACGCCCACUUCUCCGGCACCGCGGCUUCGCCUCGGCACUUCUCCUUCGCAUGCAUUGCCGGUGCGUUCCACUGGUUACCAGCUGCCAUCACUGCCUAUGCCGUGAUUGUCCAGGAGACACCCACAAGUGCAUCGACAUUUGCUCUCCUCACCGCCUUCGCCUACCUGAGCUAUGGCGUCAUCCUCAGUCUUCUCACCAGCGUAGCCAUCAAGGCUCUUGCUGCAAUCCAUGGAACCAAGCAGCUGGAUGAUAGUCUUGCGAGUUUGAUCCACCGGCGCAUUGCUGUCGCUGCUCAUGUCAGGUUCGCGAAGAUGCUGUCUGGAACAGAAGCAUUCUGCGUGUACCUGAGGCUUCUUGGGGCAAAGAUUGGCAGGCACUGUUCCAUCCGAGCCAUUAAUCCGGUGGCGAAUCCUGAGCUGGUCAGCGUCGGCGAUGGAGUCCAUCUGGGUGACUUCUGCAACAUUGUUCCGGGGUUCUACUCCAAGGGAGGAUUCACCGGCGCAGAGAUAAAGGUCCAGGAGAACGCCGUGGUUGGCAGUGGCAGCUUGCUCCUCCCUGGCUGUGUCCUCCAGGUGAAUGUCAUCCUCGGCGCGCUCUCCGUCGCGCCGGAGAACGCUGUUCUCCAGCGAGGCGGCGUCUACGUCGGGUCACGGUCUCUGACCAUGGUGAAGAACACCUUGCUUGAAGAAGACGAGCGGAUCGAAGAGAUGGACCGCGCGUACAAGAAGAUCGUCGGCAACCUCGCGGCCAACCUGGCCAUCACCACCAUGAACGUCAAGUCGAGGUACUUCCACCGCAUCGGCGUGAGCGGCCGCGGCGUCCUGAGGAUGUACGGGGAGAUACCAUCGUUGCCCAGGCACAAGAUCUUCGGCGCCGGCAAGUCCUUCCCGGUGAUCGUGCGGCACAGCAACAGCCUGAGCGCCGACGACGACGCGAGGCUCGACGCCCGUGGCGCGGCGGUGCGGAUCCUCUCCGACGACGGGGAGCAGGUGCCUCUCCUCGACCUCACACUCAAGAGCGGCAAGGCGUUCUACGCCCGCACCAUCGCUGACUUCGCCACCUGGCUUGUCUGCGGCCUGCCGGCGAGGGAGGAGCAGGUCAAGCGCUCGCCGCACAUCCGCGACGCCGUCUGGGGCUCCCUCCGGAGCACCGACUCGUACGCCGUGCUCCACUACUACUCCAACAUAUGCCGGCUGCUGCGGUUCGACGACGGCGAGGAGAUGUACGCCAAGUUCAAGCUCCGUCCUGCUGACCCAGACGUCUCCGAGGAUUCCGGCAAGGUGGUGCCAAGGGGCAUCCUGCCUCCGGAGACCGGUGCGAUCCCCAGGGACGAGGGUGACACGCGCCCUCUGCUCUUCCUCGCCGACGACUUCCGCCGGAGAGUGGACUCGCCGGACGGGGUGCGCUACGUGCUCCAGCUGCAGCUCAGGGAGGUGCCCCCCGACGGCGCCGCCCGCGACGUCGCCCUCGACUGCACCCAGCCGUGGGACGAGGCCGAGUUCCCUUACAUCGACGUCGGCGAGGUCAGCAUCGACCGCAACGUCCCGACGGAGGAGACGGAGAAGCUCGAGUUCAACCCGUUCCUCCGGUGCCCAGAGGUGGACGUCAUCCCGGCGACGUCGUGCACGCAGAGCGCGUCCAUCGACCAUGGCCGAUCGCUCGUCUACGAGAUAUGCCAGCGCCUGCGGAACGGCGAGCCACUGCCCGCGUCGUGGCGAGCUUUCCUGGAGCAGUCGGACACCAAGAUCGACUUGUCGGGAUGCCCGGUCGCCGCCGCGGCGACACCCACACGAUCCAGCGCCGGCGACGCCACCAAGGUGACGCUGGCCAGGACGUGGUACCAGGCGCUCUGGGCCACGCUGUGCCAGCCGCUGCUGCAGACGCUGGUACCUUACUCUGCCCUGGGACUCGUCAUCUUCCUCCCCCUCCAGGGCCUCCUCGCCGUCGCCGCAGCCACCGACGCGCCACUCUACUGGCUCCUGCCGGUGUUCUGGGCCGCAUCGGGCAUCGCCGCCAUGGCCACGUGCGCGGCGUCGAAAUGGGCGCUGGUCGGCGGCAGGGGCGACGGCGACACGGUGCACAUCUGGUCGCCGGCCGUAUUCCUGGACACGGUCUGGCAGGCCGUGCGCACCGCCACGGCGGAGUACUUCGCCGAGCUGACGUCCGGGUCGGUGCUGUUCGCGGCGUGGAUGUGGCUGAUGGGCUCCUCCGUGCACCCCGUCGACGCCCCCUACGUGGACUCCAUGGGCGCGCUGCUGAACCCGGAGAUGGUGCACCUGGAGCGCGGCGCGAGCGUCGGGCGCGACGCGCUGCUGUUCGGGCACGUGUACGAGGGCGAGGCCGGGAAGGUGAAGUUCGGCGCCGUGCGCGUCGGGGAGGACGGGUUCGUCGGCAGCCGCGCGGUGGCCAUGCCCGGCGUCAGGGUGGACGACGGCGGCUGCCUCGGCGCCCUCGGGCUGGCCAUGAAGGGGGAGACGGUGAAGCACAGCAUGUAGUAGCUGGACGACGACGAGGCAUACACUUAUACUGUUCUUCUUUUUACUUCUCUCUUUUUUUUUUUUGGGACAUGUUACGCUGCUGUGCUGCUUUAUAUACGUAUACGAGUUAGGUCUCGGUGAUCGUAAUACGGCAAUAACGCGAUCAAUAAUUGGCCAUUGAAGGAAGAAAUAAACAAUCAUCCGUAGUAAAUCACCUGUGUGUUUUGUAAUGGAAGCAAUGCAUCGACCAUGAUCGUGGUCAGCGUACAUACAGGCGACAGUACCAGUAGCAGCUGCCGCAUCGUGCAUCAGGCGCUUACGACAAAGCGAUCGGUGAUGGUAUAUGUACUUUAUGUUCUUGUUCAAACUUCAAAAUAUGUCUUUGAGUCCAUGAUGGUUAA